UGGACAAAGGUUCACACAUGUGGACGACAUCUUCUGCAGAAGGUGCAGUGUGAAAGAGAUAGGAGACUGUAAUGUGGUGGCAGGGGAGAAUGUAGUUCGGAAGCAUCGUAUAGCACUGUGUACUUUGGAAACCAAGAAAGGAAAGCAAGUGAAGGAAGAGCCAAGGAUUAAAUGGUUAAAGUUGUAGAGGGAAGAAUCAAGUCACUGCACAGAGGGAAAGUAAAGCUGCCAUGCUAAGGGAAACUACAAAGAUUGUGUUUAGUUUAUCAUUUGAACAGAGGAAGAAGGACAAGGAGACUUGGUGGUGGAAUAAGGAAGUGCAAAGCAGUUUUCAUGGCACCUCCACGAAAAACAGUGCUACCCAAACCUCUUCCAGAAGGCUUCAUACUAACAGACACUGAGAAGAAGAAAUGGAGGCUGGGGAAAAUCAUCGGGCAAGGUGGCUUUGGACUGAUCUAUCUUGCCUCCCAGGACAUUGACAGACAUGUUGGAACAGACACUGACUUUGUCAUCAAAGUGGAGUACCAGGAGAAUGGCCCCCUGUUCUCGGAGCUCAAGUUCUACCAGAGGGCAGCCAAACCUGAGAGCAUGCAAAAAUGGAAGAGAAGCAAGAAGCUGGACUUCCUGGGCAUCCCGACGUACUGGGGGUCAGGAAUUGCAGAGUAUAAUAACCUCAGGUAUCGUUUCAUGGUCAUGGAUCGACUGGGAAGUGACCUUCAGAAAGCUUGUGAGUCCAGUGGAGGCCGACUGAAGAAGACCACUGUUCUCCAGCUUGGACAGAGACUGGUGGAUAUACUGGAGUACAUACAUGAGAAUGAGUACGUCCAUGCUGACAUUAAAGCUGCCAACCUCAUGCUGGGUUACAGGGACCCUGAACAGGUCUACCUUGCAGACUAUGGGCUGUCCUAUAGAUACUGCCCUGAUGGAGUCCACAAAGAAUACAAGGAAAACCCCAAGAAGGGCCAUAAUGGAACCAUUGAAUACACCAGCAUCGAUGCCCACAAAGGACUCGCGGCAUCUAGACGUGGUGACCUCCAAAUUUUGGGUUUCUGUCUCCUUCACUGGUUAUGUGGGUCUCUGCCUUGGGACGAUGUCCUCAAAAAUCCAACUCAGGUCCAGGAGGCAAAGACCAGACUGAUGGAUAAUCUGCCACAUUCAGUCCAGCAGCUGUCAGUGAGCGGAGCCAGCACAGAUGAGGUGGCUAAAUUCCUCCUUUAUGUGAACAAACUGGGCUACCAAGAGAAGCCCGAUUACCAGUAUCUUAAAAACCUGUUGGGCAGUGCUGUCAGGGGAGGACUUGAUUUGUCCAAGCCACAGGGAGCUGCAGGGGAAUCGUCCACCAAAGAUUCUCGAGCCAAGGAAAAGCAGAAAGCAGGAGGAGCGAGCGGAGUCUCUAGAGCCAAAGCUACACCUCUACAGGACCAUGAUGAAGUCUAUGAAGGGGGAAAGUCCAAAGCAGUGCCAGCUCGCUACAUCAGAGGACCACCCAUCAAUAAACCUCUGUCAGAACAGACGGAAGAAGUUCUCCCUGCUGUCAGAAGGUCCCCGAGGCAAAGGCCUGUGUGCAGUUAUGAAGACAUCGACAGUGAGGAGGAGGAGGAAGAGGAAGAAAGGCCCAAACCCAUUGCUGCAUGCUAUCUCAGAGGUCCUCCAGUAAAGCCCAGAGCUCAACCCAAACAGGAACGUAACCCCAAAAGGACAAGCAGCAAAACAGAUGACGUGCCCCUGACCUCAGCGAGAACGGAGCGCCGAGUCUUCCCACAAAGGAGAAAAGAAGAUCGAGCAAACCGUGAUAUGGAGAGGCAAACACACACACACCACAGAGCGGUGUACAGCCAUCCAAAGUACUGGGAUAGCCAGCUCUAUUACAGAGAUGCUUUGGGUAAAUGGGAAGAGUCUGGUCCCAAAAAGUCAAGUCCUGAAGCCGGUCCCCAACAGAGAGGAUGGCUGACGUCCUGGUUACUCUGUUUGGGCGCCUUUCUUUUACUGCUUGCUGUUGUCAGAGUUUGCCAAAGUACAUUGAAGCCCCUUUGAGGAGCUAAUGGAUCUACGAGUUUUAACAGCUCCUUUCAAAGCUUCUUCCCAAAGUGGAGAUGGAGCAGCCGGGAACACAAAGCCUCUCAUCAGGACUUCUGGGCUGCCAUUUUCACAGUGAUGGGCUGAAAUAGAAGGACAAGCUUCAGUUUAUUCUACCUAUUAGAUGUUCUGUAAAGGUAAACAUGCGAUGAAAGAUUUCUUUAUGAUAAAAAGAUGAAAUGGGCUCUCGUUUCUAACUGCGACUCACACGCUCGAAUAAAACCGUCUUUGACUUUGAAUCGGUGGCGAGCUGUAUUCACAGACACGCAGUAUCACACGCUUACUCCUUUAUCAGACGAGGAGUAGCUUCAGUCAAAGUGUAUGAAUGCAGCACAUUGUUGAAAGCGCAGUGGCAGAAGAAAAGGCUACAGGAUGUAUAGAGGCAUGCUAAUUAAUAAGCUGAAUAUCUAUUGAGGGCUUUCUGAAGGCAGCUGUCAGUCACACUGUGAGGCGCGCACAUACCUUACUGCAGUAAGGACACUCUCCAAAAACAAUGUUGAAGCUCUGCCUGCUGGAGUGCAGCGCUCGCAGCCACUGAAGGCAAAAGAGAAAAGAUCAAAUCAUUACCUUGAAUCUGAUGUGUGGCUCAUAACAGCACUUUCAAUAUACACUCUGUACAGCUAUGUUUAAGAUUAUCCAGCACCCUUGAAGCACUGAAGGGCUUUUUUUUUUUUUUUUUUUUAAAGUCGAUUAGCAUCCUGCGAUUUGUUUCUGAGCUUCAAAGAUAUCUGGCCAUGCAGCAGCGUGUCACUGAGGACAGAGUCCAAACAUAGUCAUCUGUGCUCAUUUCCUGUGUGUUGCAAGGCUGCACUGGUCCAGUUCUACCUUUGAUCAUAUCUGACUGUCACUCACCUUGAGCAGCCCACCUGUUGAAACGCUAAAACACUCAUGGCUAAUGAACGCAAAUCUUCUAUGCCUGAUUAAAUAAAAUGCUGUUUAGAAACACUUUACAAUAUGUAUGUCCUCAGAGGGGAAACAGGAAGGAAUAACCUGUAUUCAUGUGCGUAUUUAGACAAAUGAACACACUGUACUUGCAGUGCGCUGACCACAUGCAGCUCUCUGAAGGCAACAGGAUAAGGCUUUGUAUUAUGACUGAGUGAAAACGGCAAAUGUAAUGCGCAAAACUUUGUUCAUUUAAGCAAAUAAAUAAAUAAAAUGGAUGUUUACAACUGUG